AACCGAAAUCUCGGAUACGUGCAGAGUACCGCGCUACUGCCGUCAGAGGGACAUCAAAGAGAUGUUGGGCUCACUAUAAGAUCACGCAAGUCCUCGAAGAGAGAGAGAGACAAGCUUGACGCUGCACACUCUCUUUUACAUACGCUCUUGAGCAUCUUCGCAUUCGUUCCAUCUCUUCACAGUCGUACAUUCGUGUCAAUCCAACUUUUUCUGUUCAACCUUUUUCUCUUGCAGAUUACCCUUCCCACAUCAACCAACUCAUAUUCUCUCAAAAUGAAGACCUCAACCAUCCUCGCCCUCGCUGCCGGCAAGCUCGUCGCCGGCCACGCCACCUUCCAGAGCUUCAUUGUGGAUGGAAAGGACCAAGGUCAACACUUCGCCGUCCAGACCCCGUCCAAUGGGAACAACCCCAUAUUGGAUGUCACCAGCUCCGCCAUGAACUGCAACGGUGGCAAAGCCACUGCCGAUCAAGUCGAGGUCGCUGCCGGUUCCGAAAUUACUAUGCAAUGGCACCACAGCGACCCCGCAGGCACUGAGGCAGACGAACCCAUCGCCGAAUCCCACAAGGGCCCCAUCAUGGUUUACAUUGCAGAUGCCAAAUCCAACGGCGAGGGUGCCGUUUGGCAGAAGAUUUACGAAGACGGUUUGACCGCCGGCAAAUGGGCCGUCACCAAAUUCCGCGAUGACAAGGGCAAGAUUACCGUCACGCUCCCCGAUCUCGCACCUGGAGACUACCUCAUCCGCCCCGAGAUCAUCGCUCUCCACGAAGCCUCUGCCGUUGGUAAAGCCCAGUUCUACAACGGCUGUGGACAGAUCAAGGUGACUGGCUCCGGCUCAGUGGCUCUCCCCGCCGCUGGUACCGACAUGACCAAGGCGUAUUCCGCCACCGAUGCUGGUGUCCAGUUCGACAUCUACUCUGGCGCUACAUCUUACACCAUUCCGGGUCCCAAGUUGUUCUCUGGCAGCGGCUCAUCCGCUCCCGCCGAGCCCGCUACUCCUUCCUCCUCCGCUGCCCCGGCUCCGUCUAGCGCUGCCCCUACUUCUGCUGCUCCCGCUCCUACUGCUACUCAGGCUCCUGCCCAGCCCCAGCCCACCACCAUGGUCACCUCCGCGAAGCCUGCCCCUACCAGCGGCUCAGGCUCAGGCGCAGGUGCUGCCGUUGCUAAGUACGGACAAUGCGGUGGUAAGGAGUACAAGGGUGCUACUUCGUGCGCUGACAACUGGGUCUGCAAGGAGCAGAACCCCUACUAUAGCCAGUGUGUUGAGAGUGCUUAA